AUGGAUCCAGUGAAGAAUACCAGAGGCGCGGAUUGGGGGGCCGAGCUUUUGCAAGAAGCCUUGCAAGUUGCACAAGAACCUGAUGGAUAUUCGUCGUUGGAUUUCCAAUUGGAUUCCAACGUCUCGCUCUCUACUCCUACUGCACCUCAAAGUGUGAACGUACAUAGUUCAGAUGAAGUGAUGAAUGGAGGUUUGCCUGAAGUGAGGCCAGAAGCCAGUGAAAUUUUUCGGUGUCAAAAUGGCAUGAAUAUUGAAAUCUCUGCUGACACAAAUCAUUCAGUUGUUGGAUUUCAUUCAUCGACAGGUCCAGCGCAAACAAACGUCGCCCUUUCACCUUCUUGUUCCCUAAAUCAAAGCACGUUACCCACACAUAGUGGGAUAAAGAGUGCGCAAAAAGUGAUGGGCUGUGGCAAGUGGACUGCAUCUAGGCAGAUGAUUCAACAAGAGCAGUCUUCAGAGUCUCCUCGGCUAUUUGCAUUGUGGAACAACUACUACAAUGCAGAGAAGGAAGCCGUAGCUCAGCAUUCGAAGGUCGCCGUAGGGGAGAUUCAUGCAAAAGCAAGUCCAUCAAGACAGUCACAGUUUCCGCCAUCACGAAUAAAGAGGCCUCCGCGACGGCGAACAAAAUCUCGACACACAAGACUGACUGAAUCAUAUCUAAAAUUUGUUUCUCGAUCAACUUUGUGA